CCGCAAUGAAUCGUGAAGCAAGCCGAUAGAUAACACUAAUAGAUGUUCCCAACAACCACCAAAAAUCAGAGAAGAAAAAGCUGCCAUUUGAAACACACCUUUAAUCUUCACACAGUUGUGGAAAAUGGCGGUAGCUUCAACUUCUUCUUUAGCUUCUCAACUCUCUGGCCCCAAAUCCUCCUAUUCAUGUCCUCAGUUCUCUGGCCUCCGACCGUCUUCUUUGAACUCUGUUUCCCUUUCCACUACUCGAUCCUUUUUCCAAAAUGUUGACUCUCACCUUCGCCUUUCUUCGUCUCAGAAAGGUUGCAGAGCCGUCGUCACCAUGGCCGGCUCCGGCAAGUUCUUUGUUGGUGGCAAUUGGAAAUGUAAUGGAACAAAGGACUCCAUAAGCAAGCUUAUCUCUGAUCUGAACAGUGCAAAGCUCGAGUCUGAUGUUGAUGUGGUUGUAGCACCUCCCUUUCUGUACAUUGAUCAAGUAAAGAGUUCACUAACUGAUAGGAUUGAGAUUUCUGCUCAAAAUUGUUGGACUGGCAAAGGUGGAGCUUUCACGGGUGAAAUCAGUGUGGAACAGUUGAAAGAUCUUGGCUGCAAGUGGGUCAUUCUUGGGCAUUCUGAGCGUAGACAUAUAAUUGGAGAAAAUGAUGAAUUUAUUGGGAAGAAAGCUGCUUAUGCUUUGAGCCAGAACAUUGGAGUUAUAGCUUGUAUUGGAGAGCUAUUAGAGGAAAGAGAAGCGGGAAAAACUUUUGAUGUAUGUUUCCAGCAAUUGAAGGCUUUUGCAGAUGCUUUACCAAGUUGGGAUAAUGUUGUCAUUGCAUAUGAGCCUGUAUGGGCUAUUGGAACUGGUAAAGUGGCGACACCUGAGCAGGCUCAGGAGGUGCAUGCAGCUGUUCGUGAUUGGCUUAGUAAGAAUGUCUCAGCAGAAGUUGCUUCCAAAACACGCAUUAUAUAUGGAGGCUCUGCUAAUGGAAGCAACUGUUCUGACCUUGCAAAGAAGGAAGAUAUUGAUGGCUUUCUAGUAGGGGGUGCUUCCUUGAAGGGUCCUGAGUUUGCCUCCAUUGUUAAUUCUGUGACAUCCAAGAAGGUAGCUGCUUGAUCAUUUAUCAUGGGUUGUCGUCGUGGAAAAUAAAUGGCUUAGAGAAAUACCAGUGCCAGAAGAAUCAGAGACCAAUUUAAGAAUGAGUUUUGACUCAUGGAAUUUUGAUAACUUUCCAACUCUUCAUUUGUAACUUCUCAUCCAUCACAUUUAAUAGGGAAAAGGGUCAAAAUUGCCCCUCUACUGUUGUUUAUUGGUUACUUGUGCCACCCGUUAUACUUUUCGGUCAUUCUCGUCCCUGGGUUCGACGCCGAGGAAGCCGAUCCACGCCGUAUCAACAUGGGUUCGACGGCAACCGCCAAAGGUGAAGGCUUUCCUGGCAGUGGCCGCCAUGCCGGCGGCGUUAGUGCUGCUACGCCUUAGUUCAUGAGUUCAUUUUCUGCUUUUGUUACUUAAACUACAAUUUGGUUUCAGAUGCUCGAGGCCACCUUAGUUCAGAAAGGAAAAGUAGGUUAGGGAGAAACCAUGUGCAAAGCAUAUACUCUGAUACCACCCUUGUAAGAAGACAAGUGUAUUUCUUUGGAGAAUGAA